CCUCGGGCUCCAGCCCCGGUACCAUGGACGAAGAGACCUGCGGCGAAGGAGACAAGGGAAGCGGCGUGGUGCACACGCCUUUCUCCGUCGAUGACAUCCUGGACCCGGAAAAGUUUACGGGCUCCUCCCGGUAUCGAAGUACGUGCUGGACGGCAAGGUCUCCUGAUCCCUUUGGUAGGAGUAGCAAAGAUGGAGUUAAAGUGAAUAUAAAUGGAGCUGAUUCUACAACAGAAGACCUAAUAGAAAGUAACUCAGCAUGUUCGAGAGAAGAACACCGAAACACGGGAAGCAAUAUGUCGGAUAUCACUGCCAGUGGAGACGAAAAAAUAGGAAACAAAAUUUCUAUGGGCAAUAACAAGAAAAAAAAAUCAGGAGCUGACAGCAGCAAAGCUGGAAAACCACGCCGUGCUCGAACUGCUUUCACAUAUGAGCAACUGGUAGCUUUAGAGAAUAAGUUUAAGACGACGCGAUACCUCUCUGUAUGUGAACGCCUGAACUUGGCAUUAUCGUUAAGGCUCACUGAAACUCAAGUUAAGAUUUGGUUUCAAAACAGGAGAACUAAGUGGAAAAAGCAAAAUCCUGGCAUGGACGCUAAUAGUCCUACUAUACCGCCAUCACAAAGCUCUACACUGACCAGCACUUAUGGUUCGACAUCAGGUUACCCUAGUACAGCUAGUAUACUUUAUGGAGGUCAGCUACCUUACCUACCUGCUGCGCUGCCAUAUCAAGUUCUUCAGCCAUCACAUCCUUAUUUCCAUCCUUUGGGACAUACAUGAUAAUGAAUUUAUGCGGUGAAUUCAUCAAAUAAAUGUUUAAAAAGCAUUUUACUUUGUUUUAAAUCGUUACUUGUUUAAAAACAAUGUUGUAAUUCAGAACUUGUAAAACUCUUCAAGGGAAAUCUGCAAUCGUAAAUGAAUUUCGAAAAUUCAGUGUGGCAGUAUAAUGGUACUGAAGGCAGCUAUCAAGGCUAAUCAUAACAUUACCAUAUCUGUAACUUUUAAAUAUUUUUCUCAGCUACGUCAUAAGGACAUUUUUCCUAUACAAAUGAUAAAAAUGUCUCUUUCAAGUUAAAAUAUUUGGAGGUUUUGUUAGCUACAGCAAUUAAAGAAAUCUUGUGUUCUUAACUCUUCGGUGAUCUUCCCUGAAAGUUUUAUUGUUUUAAAUGUAGCAACUAAUGACAUUCCAUGUCAUCUACUAUUAUUAAUUUCUGUUAUUUAAUUACUCGACAUCGCUGAUUUGUUGGUAUAUCAGACUUUCUUUGCGUCACACACGAUUCAGUCUGCUUUUAAUAUACACUUCAGGAAGAAGUCAGCAUUUUAAAAGAUUACAGCAGCACGUUUUCUUGGUGUUGAAAAGACUUUCAAUAAGCUCUUACAGAUUUAUUUUUAUGCUAAACUAACUCUAUUCUUGUUCAUCAUAGCCGCUCCUUUCAAAUGUGAAAUUCGUUAAUUCUUUAAAAAAAUAAACUGCAAAUUUAUGUCAUGUUAGUAUCAUCACAGAUAAGAAAUAAUAUGUAUGUAUUUCCUUCUAGUUAGUUUAAUUAGAAAUAUAUCUCUUAAGUUAUAAUAUUUCUAAAAUAUUUCAUAUUAAACCCAAAACUCCUUUCAGUUUAAAUUUAUAGUAACUGUAUUUAUUUCGUAGAACAAUAAUAAUAACAUAAAACAAAAUCUGUAAAAAUUUUGAUUACUUUAUAAGCAGGUAUAAAAUGGGACAUUUCCUUACCGUGAUUUUAAAUGUUUCUUAUUAAGCUAAGCAGUAUAUAACACCUAUUUGAAUAUAUAUAUAUAUAGAAUAAUAUAAACUGAAUUUAAUUUCACAAAGUUGUUUAUAAUGCACAGGAGUGAAAGGAAAAUGAAUAUCAGUACUUUGAGAAUGAAAUUAAUUUUCUGUCAUUUAUUAUUAUAUAUUAAACUUUACAGAGCCUUUUUCAGAAAUUGUUUAAAAAAAGGUUAUUGUUUGUUUCUUACCUAACAAAGUCAAAACGUAAAUAAACUGAUAUUUACUCAUUUUAGGAUGUGAAGGAACUAAUACGGUCGAAACUAUAGUUUUCAGUUUUAUUUAAUUUAAAUAAAAGAAUAUGAGCUAUAAAAUUAUGAGAUUGUUAAAAAAGUGUUUAAUAUGCAAUAUAGGAGGUUUCAUAAGUGUGUUAUCAAAUUAUGCCCUUGCUUAAUUUCGUUUAGGGAAGGUUAAAUAUGUCUUUAUCACAAUUUUUUUCCUCUUUAGUGCAAAUUUAUAUAUACAAUUAAUCUGUCGGAACUAAACAAAUUUUCUCUGUUUGCCGAAAGAGUUUUAUAGAUUAAAAAAAAAGACUUUGAUUUUUUUCGAAACAUGGCGUUGAAUAACUAUAAAUUACUAAGCAGUUUUCUUAAUUUUCGUAUAUUCUGCAAGGUUUAUUAUGCAUGUUAACAUCUUUUUUAAGUCACUAUUUACAUGCUGUUUGGCUUUUAAAACAUCUGACAUCUGGAUUUCUUUUCUCUAGAGAAUGAUAUCGUACUGCUAGUAAAGUAUUAAGGAGCAGUAAAAGAAGGAAUACAGUGCUUGAUAAUCAAAAUAUUUUUUAUUAGAAUUAUGUAAAUGUGAUAGUUUUUAAUUAUUUAAUAGUUAAAAUCUUGUUUCUCUUGAAAACAAAUACUUUAAUAGGAAUUAUUUUUCAAUUACUGAAAGAUAAAAGAGAAAUAUUAACUUCACAUUAAUAAGGAAACGAAUUACUUUCACAUUCAAAAGAGUGGCAUUUCUGAAAAGUUAAGUUUAAGAAAGAACUCAAUAAGAUAUUUUUAAACAAGUUAGUUUCGAUCAUAGUUCAAUGCGUCCUUAGUCCCUACACCUCGUACCAUAUAUUCUUAUAAUGUAAUGUAACGAACACAGUUAGCUAGGUAUCCAGAAAUCUGUAUGUAAAUCCUCAUACUGGAAACGUAAAUUUAUGCGUCUUCACAACCUCGGAAACAUAAGUUUAUUUUGCUCCAUAUAAUUUAUGCCAUUCUUUCCAGCAUCUCAAGCCCACCAGAGGCCGAGCGGUAAAGUCCCUGAACACUGGUACUUCGGACAGAGGUUCAAAUCCCUCGAACUGCCUGGCUCCAUGGGAGUUUUCGUGCUUUUUCCCAUGUGUAACGUGUAUACGAGCCAAUUUCCCUUAAAAAGUCCUCUACGAAGAAUCCCUUCCUUUAAGCAGAUAGCCCUCAAGACUUUGCCGUAAUCACAUAAACCUAACUUCCAGCAUCUCAAGUGUUGAACUUCAUAUUUCAAAGCUUUAUUAUCCGACUUAACGUUGGUUACGCAGCGAGGCUCGUUAACCUACCUCUUAAAAAUAGCAUAUAACGAGAUAUUCGGAGGGGAAAGUCAGAAUUACAUGAAGCCAUGGUAGACAUUCUUGAAUGUAAAACUCAUUUUCCAAUCUACUAUAUAAAGAAUUUCGCAAAUAAAACUAUGAAUUCGCUAUGAAUAAAUAUUAUCAAGAAAACAUAGUUGAGCAUUUAAGUUAUGUGCCGCGUUGACCCAUAAAGUAAUUUAAUUAAUUUAAAACGGCAAAUUGUAGAAAUGAUAUAAGAAUCUAGGGACUUUCCGGACAUACUGUAGGAACGUGUUAGUAAAAUUUAGCUCAGGAAAUUAAAACAAAAGUUUAAAAAAGAAUACUGUUUGCAAACUUCGCUUCUGAAUUCUACUUUAAAAAUUAAUUGGUGGUGUAUUUAAUUAUGGCAAAGCACACAUGGGGAAAACCACGAAAACACCCAUGCAGCCAGCCCGUUUGCGAUAUUCGAACCUCGGACCGAACUACCAGUGUUCAGCGACUUAACCGCUCGUCCGCUGGUUGGCUAAAAAUUAAUUGGGUAAAAAACACAGCCCUUUAGAUAAGAUUUUAACUUGUUUUUCUUCAUAAUCUGAGAAUUAAAAACAUUUUAACACUAUUAAGUUAGGAUCAGUAUGAUUUAAAAUCUCACAAGCAACUUUUAUGGUGACAAUGAUAUUUUCGAUAAUUUUGAAAAACACUAAAAGUGUUAUUGAAGAAUUAAUAUUAUUUGCAUAAAUGUUAUUAAAUAAAGGAAACAUGAAGCAUCUUCAUUUCUUUACUGUGCAAAUCCUUUCUAUUUUUAAAUCUAAAAUUUAAUAGUUACAACCACUAUUUUUUUUGAUGGCAGUUUAUUUAUUUGGCAAAAUGAUCAUAAUAGUUAAAUUCUUAUAGUUUCCCUUUAUUUAUUUAGUGGUAAUCUCUUUUUACGUUUAUUUGUAUUCGAAUGGUUAAAUAUUUUGAAACCCAUAUUCACAAUUUCUUGUAGUAUUUUAGAUAAUACCCAUAACGUGAAAAUCUUUUCCUAGUAAACACCUGUGUAUUUAUUAUUAUGUUGCGUACUUACCAAUUUAAUUGUUGGUGCCUUUUAUAAAUAUAUAUACUAUGUGGGUGUACAUGUAUCCGAGAUUUUAAAAUUAAAUUAUAUUUACUUACUUAUUUCAGUUUGAAGAAUUUAAGUAAAAUUUUCAAGGUAGUAUUUGUUGUUUAAAGUUUUGUAUAAGAGAAAAUCCUACAUGUGAAAACUUUGUAUGAAAGUUCGAGGAAAUAUGCAUAAUAAUAUAAGCCUUGAUAAGACAUAAACUGAUACAUCUGUCUGAAUUACAUGCAAUAUCCUAUUCUUUGUAUAUAUGUAGAUAUUCUUAUGAAAGGCCGGAUAUUAUAUUGGUCGCAAUUGUACAGCUCCUACAAUCGUUUAAUUUGAAAGAA